CCUGUGGCAUGAAUGAGACAAAACAUGAACUUCAAAUCAUAUAGCCGAUGUUAUAUACGUAAUUCAAAAUAUUGAAUGGACAUUCAAUGUGUUGUAUAUCAACCCCACUCGAUAAUUAUCAAAAUUAUGAUAAUCAAAGCCAAAAGCUUAAUUGGUGCUCCGUCUGUAAAAACAAAAAAGAAAAACCCGGGGAAUUCAAACAUAACAAUCCGAAAUUUCGCUGCAUUUAGAUGAGUAAAUUACGUCAGUCAUUUACUGCGAAAGAAAAGUUAGAAGUAAUUGCAUUUGCCCAAACCCAUGAAAAUCGUGCAGCAUGCAGAAAGCCAUGCUACAGAGAGAAACAUUACGACAUCUAUCCUUCUACCCAAAGGGGUCAAGUGAAAAAGCAUAUUCACGCAACAUCUCUCUCUCUCUCCCUCUCACGUUAUAGCUUCCCACCUACAGCUGAACACUUUUAAAUAUCCUGAUAUUUUUUGUAAGAAAUUCACUACAUGGUACUUAAAACAACAUUUGUAAAAUAUAUCGCUUUAUUCACUCUAGCUUCUUGAAUUGUAGCUUAUGAAAUGAAAACCUUACCGAUGCACGUACACUGAAGUGAGCACUUUUAUUUACACACGGUCAAUUAAAAACCGUGAUCGACACACGGGCAAUCAAACACUAAAAAAAAACACCCUCUGACACACACGGUCAAUUAACCACUCUAACACAGAAAAUUAAACACCCUGGCGCACACUAACAGUAAACACAUGGUUUUGAAUCAUGCGUGUAUAUACAUCUUUACGUACAAUGUAUAUGGCGCUAUGACUACGAACAGUCAAAUCUUUGUGACGUUAUUUCCCAGAGCCCGGUUUUUCGAUAGCUGGUUAACUUUAACACAGUGUUAACUUCUGUGUUAAAGUUAACCAUGUGAUUAACAGUUUUUCAAAAUACGAGUUUGCGUUAACACAGUAUAAAAAAUGAUAAUAAACUAAAACAUAUAAGUACACAUCACUUUUGUCCUCGUGAUUUCAUUUCAGUAUAUGUAGUACAUGUCAUUUUGAUUGAUGCUGUAAUUCAACUGUUUUAAACACAUGCAUUAAUUUAAUAUAUAAUUUUUACAAUGAAUUCCGUUUCACGUGUCUAUAGCUGCUGCACGCAAAGCAUCAAAGAAAACUGUUUCGUUUGAGACAAUUAAACGAAAAGUUUUAGACGUUCUCAGAUUCGCCCCAUACCUUCCUGGAGGAACUAAUUAUGCUAAGAAAAAAGGGGGAAAGAAGUCGAUUCAAAAAGAUGAAUUUCCAUCAGAUUCCGAAUGAUAUUAUAUGAGCUGAUUUUUCCAAAAAUACAAAUUUUAUUUGCAAAGAAGACUUUUAUUUAUUUUAUUUUAUUACGGUUCAGGUUUUUAAACAUAUUCACAGUAUAUAAAAACAUUGCUGAAAGGGUUUGAAAACAUUUAUCAAAAUUGUUGGAAGAAUGUAUAUAAUCUUGUAAAAUUGAAUUUUAAAUGCUCUCAAAUGGUUUCUAUGAAUGUUCUUAAAACGUUUCUUCUAAAUGUUCUCAAAACGUUUCUUCUAAAUGUUCUCAAAUGGUUUCUUAGAAAUGUUCUCAAAACGUUUCUUCUAAAUGUUAUGAAAACGUUUCUUAGGAAUGUUUACAAAACAUUGCAGUACACUGUUUUCAAAAAAUGUUAUGCCAACGUUUAAAAAACCACACAAAUCACGUUAUAAUAACGUUUUAGAAAAUGUUUUCAUAACAUUUUCACAAUGUUUUUACAACGUUUUAAUAACGUUGUUGUGCUACCUGGGUAUUUAAGAUAAUGUAGAUUCAUGCAGUUUUACACUAAAAUCGCACUAUAAUCUGGUUUUAUUGUACGGUAAGCAAUUUAUAGGGCUUAACUUUCAAAAGCAUUUUGUGUCAAUCUAAUUAAAAUCAAACUUAGAGCCAUGCUAUAUAUACUCUGUGUGUACUCUACUUCAUUUGUUAGGCUGUUCUUGGCACACUGAUUUUGACUAUGGAUAACUUUGUUUGCCUGAUCAAGAUGUAGGGCUCAUGACGGGUGUGACCGGUCAACAGAGAUGCUUACUCCUCCUAGUCACCUGAUCCCACCUCUGGUAUAUCCAGGGGUCCCUGUUUGCCCAACUCUCUAUUUUGUAUUCAAUGCUUAUAGAAGUUAUGAGAUUGAUCACUGUUUGUUAUCUUCACCUUUCAUGCAGAGUAUGCAGUUCUAUGACGUUUAAUUUUAGAUAAACUGUAUUAUUGUGUAUACAGUGUAAGCAGAUUAUAAGGGUUUAACUUAUAACAUAUUUUGUCUAUUCAGUUAAUGUUGUUUUUCAGGAUGGCGGUGUAUCUGUGGUUCCUGUAUGUCGUCGUCAGCGUCAUAUCUUUCCUGACAUUGAUGUUUAUUAUUUUGAGACUGUUGCUAAAUCACAGGAGGAAAACUUACAGGACAUUUGUGAAUGGGAGGAGUGUGGUAGGCUUCUUCCACCCAUAUUGUAAUGCUGGAGGUGGAGGAGAGAGAGUUCUUUGGGUGGCUGUCAGGGCUAUACAGAAAAGGUACCCUUCUGUUCAUAUUGUGGUGUACACAGGAGACAAUGAUGCCAAACCAGCAGAAAUCAUGCAGCGAGCUCAACAGCGCUUUAACAUUGUGCUCCAGAAUCCAGUCACCUUCGUGUUCCUGACCAGGCGCGGUUGGGUCGAAGCUCACAUCUACCCUCACUUUACCCUGCUGGGGCAAAGUCUGGGAUCGGUGCUGCUGGGAUGGGAAGCUUUGUGGAAGUGUGUACCAGACAUUUAUAUUGACAGUAUGGGCUAUGCUUUUACUCUCCCUCUGUUCCGUUACCUAGGAAACUGCACUGUGGGCUGUUACGUUCACUACCCCACGGUCAGUACUGAUAUGUUAGAUAAAGUGUCCAGUCGUCGGUCGGGUCAUAACAACCCCACUGUCAUCACUAGGAGCUGGUUUUUGUCAACCAUUAAGGUGCAGUACUACAAACUGUUUGCCCUUCUGUAUGGCUGGGCAGGGAGAAGGUGCCAUGUGGCCAUUGUGAAUUCUACCUGGACUUUUGGACACAUAAAACAAUUGUGGCAGAUGGAAUACAGAACACAUAUAGUGUAUCCCCCAUGUGAUAUUAAUGAAUUCAUGAAAAUACCUCUAGAUGAUAAACGCUGUAAGCACAUUUUGUCGAUAUCACAGUUUAGACCAGAAAAAGAUCAUCCUUUACAGAUUGAGGCUUUUCACAAAUUUCUCUCCUCCGUCACCAAGGAUCAGAGACCUACAUACAAACUCUUAUUGGUGGGCAGCUGCCGUAACCAAGGAGACAGGGAGCGAGUGGAUGCCUUGCGGAAGAAGUGUGCAGACCUGGGUGUCACUGAUAAUGUGGAAUUCAGACUUAACGUGAGCUUUGACGAUCUGAAAUCCCUGAUGUCAACUUCACUAGUCGGUCUUCAUACCAUGUGGAACGAGCACUUUGGCAUAGGUGUUGUAGAGUUGAUGGCUGCAGGUUGCAUUAUUCUGGCUCACGACUCCGGUGGACCAAAACUGGACAUUGUCGUGCCUGUGAAUGACCAACCUACAGGAUACCUAGCGUCUGAUGUGGAUUCCUACGCAAGCUGUAUGUCAGAAAUCUUCACACUGUCGGAGGACGACAGGACUGAAAUUCAGAGGAACGCCAGAAUCUCUGUUCAGAAAUUUUCUGAUGCUGAAUUUGAGAAUGGAUUUUUAAGUGUUUUUGACACCUUAAUGACAAAAUGUGGAUGAUUUUCAUUGUAUUGUACAAUAUUGUGUAUUUCAAAUAAAACUGUUGAUUUCCUAAA